UAGCUCCCAUCGCGAAUUCGAUCAAUAAUCAAUGAUGAGCAACGCGAACGCCUUGAUGUUGCUUGCCAGAAGAGCACUCACCAAUAUUCAAACCCCAGUUCUGAGCUUUCGUUGCUUCUGUUCUCAAUCCUCCUCCUCCUACUCCUCAGCUCCCUCGUCUUCUCCUUCUGCGCCAAACAACAAGCUCUUUGUUGCAGGUUUGUCUUGGUCAUUGGACGAGAGAUCCUUGAAAGAUGCGUUUUCUUCCUUUGGGGAGGUUACUGAAGUUAGGAUAAUGUACGAUAAAGACUCAGGUCGAUCCAGAGGCUUCGGAUUUGUGAACUUCACAAAUGAAGACGAUGCACAAACUGCAAAAGAUGCAAUGGAUGGAAAGGCACUAUUAGGUCGGCCGUUGCGAAUAAGCUUUGCCCUCGACAAGGUCCGUGGAGGACCUGUUGUCGUUCCUCGGCUUUCAAACAUCAACAACGUGUUGGGCCGAAGAUCUUGAAGCUCUUGGUAUUUCAUCUUCAUCUACCUGUAGCAUGAAUAUGUAAGCUUGAACUGUUCAAUUCCUACUUCAUAAUCUGAAUCUUGACUUGGUUUUGGAGGUGAAUGCUAGACAGGUGUGGGAACCAAUAGUAUGAAGAACCUUAAGUUAGGAUUGUUUAAUUAGAUAUUUCCUGUUUAUUUGUUCAGAAAUCUUGUUUUCCAUCCUUGUCCAGUACAUUAGAUUUAUUUGCUUGAUUUUUCUAUUGGAGUUUGCAUUCAAGCACAAUUUUAGUCCUGAUAUGA